AACUCUUGUUAUUGUAAAGCAAUAAAUGUUGUUUCACAGAUGGAAGCCGGGUGGCUGGGGUUCUACAUGUUAGUGACAGGUUGCUUUGCCAGCCUUUUCUUUUCCUGGUUGUGUGACCGUUGUUCCGGCCAUAUGAAGACAAUAUUAGUGAUGAUGUACAUGGGUGCCACCCUGUCUACAGCCUGGAUAACAUUAAUGUUGUGGCACGGUGUUAUUCCCUUCAGCACAGUGUCUCUGUAUGUGUCCAUCAUCCUGAGUGGGUUAUUUGUGAAUGGCGCUGUCCCGUUGUUCUAUGAGAUGGCAGCAGAGAUCACCUUCCCCAUCCCAGAAGCCAUCUCCUCCACUGUCCUGGUCUGGUCCAAUUGUUUCUUCGCAGGGAUCUUCCUCCUCAUCCCCAUGAUUCAUGGUGUAGGGACACUGUGGAUGACAUGGUCCAUUCUGGGAGCUUUCCUGUUGUCUCUGCCACUGCUGCUGUUCCUGCGAGGAAACUACCGGCGACUGAGACUGGACCAGGGGCAGCCAGAUCCUGCUUAACAAAACUCUCUAUAUAUGCCGUCACCGUAACACACCAGCCACUCAGAGAUAUCCCACAUGUCAUGAAAAUAUCGAAGAUGAAUUCCACUUUGCCAUGACCUGUCCUACUUACAAUAAAGAGAGGGAUCCGCUGUUCCAGAAUAUUAGAACUAAA